CUGAAGAGCGUAAAAACUACCAAAGGCAGACGCUUCUUGCUUCUUUUACCACCAAAAGCUUAAAGCCUCCUCCACGCUCCCCCCCACUACACCAUUGCUAUCGGCCCAAAAGCUCGUACUCUUAAUUUUCUUCGAGCGUUAUAGUUAGAGUUUACAGAGAAGGCGUCACUGGUCAAAAAGGGACAUCAUUUUUUCUUUUAAUCUGUGCUGUGUGCAGACCAGCUCUGCGCUUUUCAAACAAUCUGAGGGAGUCAUAUAAUUGCGGGUUGGUAACUCUCUAAUUCUGCAGCAAUGCAGGAAGACAAGUGGGGUUUUUGACCCGAAGCUGAAGUUUCCGAAGACCCCUUCUUGGGAUUUUGAGACUACAGAAAAAUUUUUUUUUGGGUCUUCUAAAAGUCCAAUCUUGGGGCCUCUUCUUUGCUCGCUGAGCCUGUAGAUGACUUCUGAAGGGAUUGUUGUUGGUAAUUUACACGGGCUGGGAAUUGCUACCUCUACACACAAACGUUCAAAGAGCUUCCCAGAUAAGAAAGGACUUGGGGAUGAAAACUUGGAUCAUUCUGUUGAAGCCUCUCAUAGUUUGAAAUCGGAUCUGGGGCACUUGGAUGACUGUGUCACGAGCAAGAAGAAGCAAUCAUCCAAUGCUGAAGUCCAAAUUUCUUUGAGACGAGAGAUAAUGCAGCUGGAGAAAAGGUUACAAGACCAAAUGGCAGUUCGAUGUGCCUUGGAGAAAGCUUUGGGUUAUAAAUGUUCCUCCCACAGCGUAGCAACUGACGUCUUAAUGCCUAAGCCAGCCACAGAACUUAUUAAAGAAAUUGCAGUGUUAGAGGUGGAAGUUGGGCAUUUGGAACAAUAUCUUCUUUCACUAUACAGGAAAGCAUUUGAUCAGCAAAUAUCUUCUUUAUCUCCAUCUGCAAAAGAUGAUAGGGUAAAGUCACCCUUGACUACCCCAAGACGAAGGCGGCUAGAGUUUUCAACAUCGGAAAUUACGUCAGAGAAGGCAAAUCUUUCAGCUCAAGAAAAUCAGUUUGUUUCCAAUCCACGGAAAGAAACCAGUUGUUCAGGAGAGGAGAACCCAUCAGAUUCCAAUGUGCAUCGUUGUUAUUCUACGCUAUCUCAAAGCUCAACUCUAUCAACCAAAACUUCUCCUCCUGCAGAGCCAUUGGGAAAAGCUCUGCGAGCUUGUCAUUCUCAACCGUUGUCCAUGACGGAGUACGCACAAAAUGCUUCUUCAAAUGUCAUCAGUUUGGCAGAGCAUCUUGGUACCCGCAUUUCUGAUCAUAUUUCAGAGACACCAAACAAAAUUUCUGAGGAUAUGAUUAAGUGUAUGUCAACAAUAUUUAGCAAGCUUGCUGAUCCACCCCUGACAAAUCACGGCCUCUCAUCUCCCACUUCAUCCUUGUCAUCAAUAAGUGCAUUUUCUCCAAAGGAUCAAUGUGACAUGUGGAGCCCAGGGUUUAGAAAUGACUCAUCGUUCGAUGUUCGAUUGGAUAAUCCUUUCCACGUAGAAGGGUUGAAAGAAUUUAGCGGACCUUACAGCACAAUGGUUGAAGUUCAAUGUAUAUACAGAGAUAAUGAGAAAUUGGGUGACAUUGAACACCUUUUACAAAAUUAUAGAUCUCUUAUUUCAAGAUUAGAAGAAAUAGAGCCCAGAAAGAUGACAAAUGAGGAGAAACUAGCAUUCUGGAUCAACAUACACAAUGCAUUGGUUAUGCAUGCAUUUUUGGCUUACGGGAUCCCACAAAACAAUAUGAAGAGAAUUUUUCUACUACUGAAGGCUGCUUACAACGUUGGAGGUCACAUAGUAAGUGCAGAUGUGAUACAAAAUACAAUCUUGGGAUGUCGAAUGUCACGUCCUGGACAGUGGCUUCGGAUGUUACUCCCUUCAAGAACAAAAUUUAAAGCAGGAGAUGAGCGGCAAGCAUAUGCAAUUGAGCGCACAGAACCACUCCUACAUUUCGCACUUUGUUCUGGGAGCCACUCAGAUCCUGCGGUCCGUGUUUACACCCCCAUUAGAGUAAUUCCAGAGCUGGAAGAAGCGAAAGAGGAAUAUAUUAGGGCUACCUUUGGUGUUAGGAAGGAUCAGAAAAUCGUUUUGCCUAAACUAGUAGAGGCCUUUGCCAAGGACUCAGGUCUGUGUCCUGCUGCAGUGCUGGAAAUGAUCCAAAAGUCUUUACCGGAGUCUCUGAGGAAAAGCAUCAAGAAAUGUCAGCUUGGGAAGUCUCGCAAGUGCAUUGAGUGGGUUGCGCAUAAUUUUGCUUUUCGGUAUCUGAUAAUGAAGGAGCUAGUGAAGUGAAGCUAUUGUUUGAAUAGGCCAACAAUGCACAGUUGAUCAUUGAUUUUCAGAUCCUUAGCAUAGUUUUCUUUUAUCUCAUCAUUUCUAGGUAACAUCCUCAUUAAAGAGGCCUUUCUUUUUCCUUCAUGGCUAGAAUCAAUCAGGAUAGAGGAUGGUUUUACACCGCCCUGUAGUUUGUGUAAUGUGCAUUCAGAGUAUCAGUUGCCUCUAGUAUCCAUCCUAAAAGGCAGUUCCGUCAGUUUGUCCGUGCUUCGGAAGAACUAGUCAGUUUGAUGUUUUGGCUUGUAUAAUUUAAUGUAUAGUAUAUGUAAUUAUGGUGCAAAUACUGGUUAUGGUUCAUCUCCAUGACCCUCAUCACUGCCUGCCUCUGUUUCACAGAGACUCCAGCGUGUGAAAGAAAUCCACUCAUUUCUUGAAA